ACUUCGCAACCGGAGUCGCCAAAAAAACACAGACGCUGGACGCUCUUCGUUACGCGGGUCGUAACAAAGUUGGAAUGAGCGUGUUUUUUUAUAUUUUGUUACUGCGACAACUAAUGACACCAUGGAGAACAACGACAAAAUAAUUUGCUCGGAGCUUUUUCAGAAGCACAGAAAGGUAGAAGUCGUUCUCUACCCGGCUGUUCUUGCGUGGAAGGAAAUUGAGAAAAGCAGUAAACGGAGCUCCGGGACCUGCGAAUCAGAACACCGCCAGACUGUUGAAGUGUGUGAAAUCGUGGCAGUUCACAAGACAGAAGACGAAGUUGAUGCACAAGCCAGGAGCCAUCCGAAGAGGAUAAACCAGCCCUCUCAGCAGUAUCCCUAUGCAUUCACAGUUUCUUACGUGAGAAGGACCCGGCAACACCUGUGGCGUUGCGCCGAUGUCACCUUCCACUGCGCCGACCAGCAGAUCUGCGAGCAGUGGAUCCAAGUUACAAACGAGCAGCUGUCAAUACUCACCAACCGACCCAAGAACCUGCUGGUGUACAUCAAUCCGUACGGAGGGAAGCGGCGCGGGGAGCGCAUUUACGAGCAGAAGGUGGCUCCGGUGUUCCGGCGGGCCGGCAUCUUUACAGACGUGAUUGUUACAGAGCGCGCUAAUCAUGCCAGGGACCACUUGAAAACGGAGGCCAAUCUAGACGAUUAUGAUGGGGUGGUGUGUGUGGGCGGAGACGGGAUGUUUAGCGAGAUCCUGCACGGCCUGGUGACCAGGAUCCAGACGGACCACGGUGUGGACCAGAACCAGCCGGAUGCUGAGCUGGUGCCGUGCUCUUUGCGUAUUGGGAUUAUUCCUGCAGGGUCGACUGACUGCAUCUGCUUUGCUACGCAGGGAACAAACGAUCCAGUUACAUCUGCCUUGCACAUUGUUGUUGGCGAUUCACAGCCAAUGGAUGUAUGUUCGGUUCACCAUAACGGCGUCUUCCUCAAGUAUUCGGUUUCUUUGCUUGGAUAUGGUUUCUAUGGCGAUGUUUUGGCGGACAGUGAGAGGAAUAGGUGGCUUGGUCCUGCAAGAUACGACCUGUCAGGGUUUAAAACUUUUUUGUCCCACAACCACUAUGGCGGGACGGUUUCUUUCCUACCAGCAGACGACAACGUGGGGCAUCCAAGAGACAAGCUGCAGUGUCGAUCUGGGUGCCGCAUCUGUCAGCACAAGCCCUCAUCAAAAGACGAGCACGAUGAGGCGUCGGAGGAGAAGGAAAAGCCGGCUGACGACAGCGACAGAGGCUGGAGUGUCAUCCACGGCAAGUUCAUUGCCAUCAACUCGGCCAGCAUGAGCUGCGCGUGUCCUCGGAGUCCAAAAGGCCUAUCGCCCUCCGCCCACCUCGCCGACGGCACCACAGACCUGAUUCUGGUCAGGAAGUGUUCCCGUCUGGACUUCUUCAAACAUCUUCUUCGACACACCAACAACAACGACCAGUUCGACCACUGGUUCGUGGAGGUCCACAGGGUGAGAAAGUUUCGCUUCCAGCCAUGGCACCACGACUUCGUUCCUCUGGAAGACGCGAGCGAACGUCCAGAGAGUCCGGACCUCAGUCCCAUCUCCUCUCUCCAAGAAACCUGCGACGACUGCACCGCCGAGAGCAGCUGGAACUGCGACGGGGAAAUCCUGCAUCACACCGCCAUUCAAGUCAGUGUCCAGUGCCAGCUGAUCAGGCUGUUUGCUCGGGGAAUCGAGGAGCAGCAAGAUGCAGAGGUGGCCGUGUGACGACAUUUGUCCAGCGUCCUGAAGACAAAGACUGAAAAGGAAUAGGAGAAAAUAAAAUAAGACUUGAAAGUGUUGAUUUCCUGGAAAAGCACGUACAAUAUCUACGUUUCAUUUGCACAAGCUGCCUUUCGAUGAUGAUUAUAGUGUUUGCUUUAAUUGGUUUGCGCAGUGUUGGGUAGAAAAUGACGAGACACGUUGAAUUCAAAUGGAUCACAUUGGACAGCCGGUUACUGGGGGACCUCAAACAUCAGGACUAUUCAUUACUUUUUGGAGUAAGCUGAAUGAAAUAUGGUUUCCUGCACCCUAUUAGUUUUGCUUUCACGUACAAAAAAAAAAAUUUAAUAAAAUAAGAACAAAGUUAAAGCUCAGAGCAUCCCAAACAGACCGGGAGUUCUUCCAGCAGGAUGAAACGGAGCUGGACUCCAAGUAGAACAUAAAAAAUAAAAAUCAUCCUGCAACAACGUGGAGACACGGUCAGGGUGGAACAGCUUUGUGCAAAGAAUGAAGAUGUCUGUGAAUUCAAAAACACUCAAUCAUAUCUUUCUUAUUUAGGAAAAAAAAAAAAUGCUGUUCUUUUUUUUUUUCCCCACGUGAAAGCCGAUAUGAGCCACAGGCACUAAUAAAAAGAAUUGAAUCCCGUGACUUAAACCCUAACAGGACCCUGGUGGCUGCUGGGCGAUAAGAAGUGCUUCCUGAAUGACUUGGAGUGUCUCGGCGCUGCUGUGCCGCACCUGUGGCUCCGAGCCGGGCUCCUCUCCUUUCCGGCUCAAAGAACCGCUCGCGGUUUAAUCAUCCCCUGGGAGCAGGCGGAUUUCUGCGUUGUUAAUGUCAUUACAGACAAUCUACCCCUCUGCUCCCAAAUUAGCCUCUCUUAGCUCUGCCAAAGAAUGCACCAGCUUUUACUUUGGCCCGCUGUCUUAGUGAUGAAACUUUAUGUUGGUCUACACACAAGUGUUUGGAAAGGUGAAAUGUGUUUUCCCGCAUCCCUGCAGGGUUGUGCUGUUAUUGAUGAGUGGAAAAGUGCAGAUGUCAUGAGUUAGCUAUUUCCCAAUUAAACUCGCUAAAGCCAAGAGCCGUCCAGCACCAGCAGACGCACGCAAACACACUGAUAUACCAUUUUACUUUCUGAUAUUUAUAUAUAAAUAUUAUAUUUUCUUAUUUAGACUUUUCUUCUCAAAUCUGUCUCCUUUGAAUCCUCUGGACCUGUUUCUAUUGAUUCAGGAUGUCUGUCGUUGACCUUCAGCUCGCCGAAUGACGUUCUAUCACAACAUAAAUUGGACAGAAAAGUCGAGCUGAAAUAAAUGGACGCAUUCUUUUAUUAAACCAAACAGAAAUCACAUAUUUCAGUUCUGUGAAAUCUGAAAUAGGGGUUUCUUUGCUUUCAAGACUGUGUGUACCUGCCUUCUUCUUUUUAAAGAUGCAUAGGUUUUAUGCUCCCAGAUAUACAUUUUGUGCAACAGAAGAAGUUGCAUCCAAAAAGCUGCAGACAAAAAGGUUUGUUGUGAAGUGAACCAGCAGCAAUCAUGUCUCCUGAAAAUAUAUUUUUGUAUCCGGGUUUCUGCGUUUUUCCAUAUUCCCAUCAUGGGCUGGAUAAAAUUUGGGGGAAAAAAAAUUUGGCGAUGAUUCUGUUGGCCUUGUAGACUACGUGGUUUCUAGGAUUUCUUCUCCGUAAAAAUAAAUCCUGGAGAGGAAAUGAAUCAAUGUAUGGUGAAAUAUUUAACUUUUUAUCACUUAUGUAUACCAAAGACUUUGUGUUCACGAUAACAGUAGUCUGACAUCACUAAUCACAUCAAUUAUUGGUUUUGGCAGAAAUGUGAAAGCAUCUAGCUGAAAAGACUGAAAGAAGAAAACUGCUCUAUUAGCUUGCUUACAAGAAAGACAAACAUACUGAGGGACCAUUAAUUACAUUGCCAGGAGUGGGUGUUUGCUCAAUAUUUGAUCUUAAGUCAUGUACCAAAAUCAAAUAGUACAAUGUUUAAGAAAACAACAUUGAAAUUCACUCUUCUACCUCCCAAUGUCUCUGUUAUUUGGCCCCAUGCUAGCCAUAUAAGUCAGAGUAAUGUAGCAUCAUAGAAACUUAGCUUUCUAACAUGGAUGCCAAUUUACUUUUCCCUUCUUUGUGCACUUUCACAUACCUGCCAUUUUGUUCUAUGAAGACAUUUGGUAAAUGUAGGCCAUUCAGUAAAGUAACUUCUCUGCUACUUUUUGUUUCUGUGUGCUAAGCUAACAUCAGCAACAGUCUGAGGAUAUAAAUAGCGACAUUUUAAAAGUCCUCACUCCAGCUAUUACAGAAGAAAAAAAAAACACUCCAAAUUGCAAAUGAGGUGAACAUGGAAACUGAUUUCAUUUGAUUCAAAUCCCGAAUAAAGUGCUUAUGAAAUGGU